AUGGCCCUGUCCGAGCUGUCUCGCCAGUUGCGCCAGCUCCUCGACGACCCCUCCGACGCUCAGCCAGCGGCCCAGCUAUCGCCUGCUAUUGAUGCCUUCAUCCACGAAUACACGACGUCCUCAGAGCCCGACGUCCUACAGACCCGUCUGGACGACGAGUUGCUCACCAUUCACAAGGACCUCGUCGACCACACAUCGCCGCGGCAUGUGGACUCAUUUCUGACCGUACUCCAGGAGUUGUCUCCGAUUCUCUCCCCUUGCUCGUUGAUUUCUACUUGGUUCGACAUCAUACUCCGCCCUGCGCUGCGGGACCCUAAGCUCCCCGACGGUACCGUCAACCGUGCAAAGGAGCUCAUCUUAUCAGCCCUCCAGAGAAGAACUGAUGACUACUACGAAAAGAUCAAAGACUUUCGGCGGCGUCUAAUGGAUCUAUAUUUGCUAGACGUUCAUAACGAGAUAUCGGGUGAGGACGUCUUGGAAUGGGCAGCCUUGGACCAGGAGCAGAGAGGGAAGAGGACAUGCUGGAAACGGAACCUAGAGGACACUCUUGCAAAGUAUAGCCUUGGUCAGCCCGAGGAUUUCUUUACGGAAAUGAACGAGUCUUUCGCCGUGCCCUCAUCGCGGCAGCAAUUGUUGGUACUGCUCAACUGUUGCGCAUCUCAAGACUUGUUUCCUUCGCACGCAGCAGCCGUAUUGGCUUCUCAUCCUUUGUUAUCGUCCCUGUUAAUGUCACUGCUUGUAGACAACUCAUCGACUGUUUGCACCAGUGGCCUUACUGUGAUCUCGAAACUUCUUCCAAUACUUGCAGUGCACGCCACUGAUGGCUUGAAAGCGAUAUUGCCCCCACUUCUCGUUAUCCUGGCGCGGACCAUAUGCUGGAAAGAAAGACGACCGCCCGUCACUCCAUCUGAAGACAUCGAGUCAGGUGAGAAUGCGGAUCAAGAGGUCUCAGAAGCUAGUUCGGUCGAAGCUCUUCCUCAGCUCCGUCCUGAGACAGACUGGCAAAGACUGGAAAUGACAUUCACCGCUUCAUCUGCGCCUUCACCCCAUCACUUCUUUACUUACGUCUAUUAUCUGUUCCCCUGCAAUACGAUCCGAUUUCUACGUAACCCCAUGUCCUACAUAAAUGGCCACAAUCUGCCGAGCCCAUACAUCGUGCCAUGGGACGAGAUAUUGGAUGAAGACGAGAUAAAAAGUAGGAGUGAGUCCAUACUGCGAGGGCAUGUUUUACAUCCUCGCCUGCUAUGGAGUGAUGCAGCCGAGGAACUCACCGAGCCCCGAGUUUGGGAGCAAUAUCCGGUUUCUCGUAUCGUAGGGGAAUGCACAAUGCUGGACGUUCGGAGCGCGUCGCUGGCAUUGCGCGCCCGAGCUCUUGGUGACGAGGGCGAAGGCCCAUCCCAAGCAGAGGAAGACCAAAAUGUGGCAACAGUUACACCUCAUAUGAUCGAUCUCAGCACGACACCAGGACGCCCUCGCGUAUCCUUGCGAGAAAUCUUAACUACUUCUUUGGCACUCAACUCCGUCGAGGACGUCGAGAUCGUCGAUAUGGAGCCCGGCUGGCCGCCAGAACUAUUUCCUAGUGCAGGCGGUUCUCCAUCCAAAAGGUCUGUAUCCCUUCCUCGAGAGGGUGAAGAUACCACCACGGAGCAUGGGAACCCUGGUCAGGUCGUCCAGGCAAUUUCGGCAUUACAGAGGGAGGUGUUGCUCUUGCGGAAUGAGCUCAACUUCGAGACAUGGGUCAAUCGGGAGAACGCCAAGCAUAUCGGUCGUCUCCACCAGGAUCGUAUACUCUCUCGGAGUGCUGAGAUUGAACGUCAGGGACUGCACAACAAAUUGCGAGAAUAUAAAACUCAGGUCAAUCGUCUCAGGAACGAAUUGAAGCAGUACAAAGAACAAUCGAACAGUGCGAAGCAAAUGUACGUGAACUGGAAUACCGAACAGCAGAAUAAGCUCCGCAGCUUCCGGGAGAAAUGGAAAUCUUGGCAAGCUGAGGCAACAAACUUGCGAAAUGAGAACAAAGAAGCCAAGGCGCAUUUAGAAGCUCAAGAAACAUUACUGGGGGACGCUGCUAGGAGAGUCUUUGAGCUAGAAACUGCCACCAAGGAAAAUCAGCACAAGAUUGACCGGUUGCAUGACUAUGAACGACGGAUCGACCAACUCACGAAGAUGCAACGCCUCUGGGAUGAAGACGUGAAACGCUGCAACGAGCAGGCCCAGAUAAUGGAAGGGCUCCUCAGCACGUACAAAAAGAUGGAGCUGCGCUUGGAAGCGUAUGAGAAGACACACGCAGAGAUGGAAGACAAUGCACGUGCUGCAAGCCAGAAGAUUCAAGAACUAGAAGCAAGGCUGUCCCUGGCCCAAAGGGACGACACAGCACGGCAGCAGUUUGCUACAGAAGUGGAGGCUCUCAACAAGGAUCGAAUAAUGCUGGUCCAGGAUAACAAAGCCCUGAGGGCGUCCAACAAUGACUUACGAGAUGAGGUGCUUGAGCUAGAGCAUAUGAUAGAGUUACUCAAGGCUCAGGUCAGUGGAAAGAGAGGCCUUGUCGCGGAGCGACCUAGUACACCGCCUUCAAUGACCUAG